AUGUCGCGCCAUCGCGUGAAAGCAUUAAGCUACGACGAGGACGACUUCGAAGACGACGGCUACGACUCUCCCGAUCCCGAGGAGCAGGAGUUCCUGGAACAGUGCACGGCCGAGGUUCUUCGACAGUUGCGGUCGGGGGAACCCUCUGUGACGACAGCGACUCGCGAAGAGGUUCAGGAGUCACUGUGGCAUUACUAUAAUGAUGUUGAGAAGUCGGUUAACUAUUUGAGGGGCAAAAAGGCUAAGGAAGUGAAGAAGAAGCCUGCGCCUGCGCCUGCGGCAGCCCCGAAAGCGAAAGGAACUACGGUGCCUGCGUAUCCUUUGCCUCCGUCUACCCUAGAGCCGGCGCCGCAGACCGCACACUUCUCCGCUGCGGAAUUCUUUCGCGAUACACCAUGGCUCAAUGUCCCGGCGGAUCGCAAGGCCGAUAUCCUUAUCGAACCUCUUUAUCCUAGGCUUGGGCUGCUCGGAGGCAACCCCGAAGCUGGCGGCGGGAAAGUGUCGAAACUGGCGGCUCUGGCGGCCGCGCGCAAGAAAAAGGAGUCGGACAAAGCAUCGUCACCAGCUCCGGGCCCAGCGGCAGGGGGUGACCAGUCUCGAGCGCCGUCAACCGAAUCGAAGGGAGCCCCUUUGUCAUUGCGUGAAAGACUUGCUCGGAAUGGGAAGCCUCAGAGAUCUUCGGAGAGUACGCCAUCACCCGGCACGCCUGAAGCGGAAUCCCGUCUUGGAAGCCCUUCGCCGGCGAAAAAGCCAUCCCCGGAGCCAAGAAAACCAAGCAUGCCGGUUGAAGCGGACCUGGAAAAGGCAACACAAGUACUUCAGAUUGGUAGCGAACCGAAAGAGGAACCAGCCGUCAACAUCCGUGCUCCACCAUCAACGUUUGCCAGUACCAUCGUUGGGGAUGCUGCACGUCCUCCCGCAACCGAGCUCAGCCACUUGCAUUCGAAUACCUUGGAUCUCAUGGCGAUAUAUGGACAAGAUCUUACUGAACCUUUUGACUUCACAGGCCCAAGCCCCGACGACGUUGUGCUUAAUGCACAGAGCUCUGCGAAAGGCAUGAAGUCGAAACAAGCCGCUUCCAAAUCCGCAAGCGACAAGAAGACCCAGGGUGACCUUGCUGGUGGCAUGGGCAAUCUGACCGUUGAAGAGAAGGUGAAUGUCAAAAGCAAGAACUUGGAUGUCUUGUCUGAAUACAAGAAGUCCCAGCGGAAGAAAGCCAUGAACUUUGCGGUCAUCGGUCACGUUGAUGCUGGGAAAAGUACCCUUAUGGGCCGUCUGCUUGCCGACUUGAAAGCCAUCGACCAACGCACUUUGGACAAAUACCGACGCGAGGCGGAGAAGAUCGGGAAGGGAUCGUUUGCUCUUGCCUGGGUGCUGGAUCAGGGCACUGAAGAACGAGCGAGGGGUGUCACUAUCGACAUCGCCACUAAUAAAUUUGAGACCGAGAAGACUGUGUUCACGAUAGUGGAUGCUCCUGGACAUCGAGACUUCGUUCCAAACAUGAUUGCUGGAGCCAGUCAGGCGGAUUUCGCUGUUCUCGUUAUCGACUCUAGCAUUGGAAAUUUCGAAUCCGGACUGAAGGGGCAGACCAAGGAACAUGCCUUGCUGGUGCGCAGUAUGGGCGUACAAAGAAUCAUCAUUGCAGUGAACAAGAUGGACUCCGUGCAGUGGGACAAGGGCCGAUUCGAUGAGAUCGAGCAGCAAGUUUCGUCCUUCUUGACCACGGCCGGGUUCCAAGCCAAGAGCAUCUCCUUUGUGCCUUGCUCUGGCAUCAGCGGUGAAAAUGUCAACCGGCGCAGCGAGGAUCCCAACGUGUCAUGGUACCAUGGCCGAACCUUGGUCGAAGAGUUGGAGGCAACCGAGCCGAAUUCUCAUGCGCUGGAGAAGCCUCUGCGCAUGACGAUCGGCGAUGUCUUCCGCGGCAGCGUGCAAAACCCUCUGUCGAUCUCGGGUCGCUUGGAUGCCGGCAGUCUGCAAAUCGGUGAUCAGAUCCUCACAAUGCCCAGCGGGGAGAAAGCGACGAUCCGCAGCCUGGAAGUAGACGGUGAGCCUAGCGAUUGGGCUGUGGCCGGUCAGAACGUGGUCUUGAACCUUGUCAACAUCGACCCGAUUCAUCUCCGUUCUGGCGAUGUCAUCUGCCGGCCGUCCGCUCCGAUCUCGAACAUCACCACGUUCACAACCAAGGUGCUGGCUUUCGAUCACCUUAUGCCCAGCAUGGUUGACGUCCACCGGGGUCGUCUACAUGUGCCGGGACGGAUUAGCAAGCUGAUUGCCACUUUGGACAAGGGGUCGGGCGAGGUCGUCAAGAAGAGACCGAAGGUCGUCGCACCGGGCACAGUGGCACGCAUUGAGGUGGAAAUGGACCGCGCCGUGCCGUUAGAAGCGCCUACGAGGAUUGUUCUCCGGGCUGGAGGAGAGACCGUGGCGGCAGGAUUAUUGGAAUGA